ACACACACACAAUAAGUAAAAUCAUCGUCACCGUUCAAAAGUCAAAACUAAAGACGAGUUCUUCGUUUUGUCUCUUGUCGUCUUCCUCCUCACCGCUUCCCCCAGUCACUUAACUUCCGAUCGUCACUUCACUUCCUUCUCUCCAAGAAUCUCUGAUUUGGAGUUUUCUAAUCUUCCAUAUAUCCAAUGGAAGAAAACUCUUUACCCGAAGAAGAUGUAGAGAUGAUGGAGAAAUCAAAUGGAACUAAAACAGUCACAUAUGAAGCUUCUCCAAUAGUGGAGCCGUUCAUUGGUAUGGAGUUCGAAUCAGAAGAGGCUGCAAAGUCUUUCUAUGACAAUUAUGCCACAGUCAUGGGUUUCGUUAUGCGGGUGGAUGCUUUCAGGCGGUCAAUGCGAGAUGGGACCGUGGUGUGGCGCAGACUCGUGUGUAAUAAAGAAGGAUUCCGUAGAUUGAGACCUCGUAGAAGCGAGAGCAGGAAACCUCGAGCUAUAACAAGAGAAGGGUGUAAGGCUUUGAUUGUUGUGAAAAGAGAGAAAUCUGGAAAAUGGCUUGUCACUAAAUUUGUGAAAGAACAUAAUCAUCCUCUCUUGCCUCUCUCACCUAAUGUUCGCCGGAAUCCCCACCUCUCUCAGACACCGGACGAGAAAGACGCAAAGAUUAGGGAGCUGAGUGCAGAGCUGAGCCGAGAGAGAAAGCGUUGUGCUGCGUUGCAACAGCAGCUUGGUAUGGUCUUAAAGGAGAUGGAAGAACAUUCCAACCAUCUCUCCACUAAUAUCAACAAUGUUAUCCAACGUGUAAGAGAAAUCGAGUCCAAUACUUUCACCAAACUGUAAACAACACAGCUUCAUUUCUGUUCAUAUAAGUUCAUCAUCAGAUUCUCUUAAUCUUAUGUUCUUCGAUU